GUUUCACAUUGCACCGCCAAAACGGCGCCAACUCGAACGAGUUCGUAGCUUCGGGACAUCAUGGAUCGAAUGAUUCCUUUGACGGCGUCGGUCGAAGUGCUGUCGUUGCUGGCCAACAGCGUGGGGGUGGAAGACGACGAGGUGGACAACGACCUGGUGGACAACGACGUGCUCGAAGACGGCGGCCUGCCGCUGCGGCUCCACGCGGACGUCGCCCGCGGGUCCGACUCGGACGUGGAGGACGGUGAGACCGAGAAGAAGCGGUACACGGUGCAGGAGCAGCGCGACGUGAUCCGCAAGAUCCACGAGAGCAACCAGAUCCUCAAGCAGGAACUGAGCAUCGAAUGGCGCGAGGCCAAGGCGAUGCUUGGGGCGGAAAAGCAAGCCAAGCUCAAGCGCCUCCAGAAACAGUCGACGUCGUACUCGCACAAGAUCGAGCAGGAGAAGCGCGCGAUCAAGAAGCUCGAGGAGAGCGUGGCCGCGCGCCAUCGCGAACUGCAGCACCUUCGCGAAGAAAAUGUCCGCAACGACAAGUUGGAGAGCGCGGCCGCCGCCACCCGCCGCGUUCGCGCAUUGGAAAAUCGACUCGAGAUUUCGCUGGUCAAGAAGAACGAAGUCGAGUCGAUCAACAAGCACCUGCGCCAGCAAAUCGACAAAGUCCGUCGGGAUCGUAUCGUGUUUGAUGGGAUUUACAAAAAGCUCGAGCGGGAAACUUACGAAUAUCGACAUCGUUUGGAAGUGGCGACGGCGGAGCUGGCCAAGGGCAUUGCGGCCAAAGAGCACAUGGACAAGGAAGUCCAAGACUUGCAGCUUCUCGUCGAGUCGGAGCAGGUCACGUACGAGCGCGACUUUAAGGAACUGCGGAUGCUGAUUGCCACGUCCAAGCGGGAAGCCACCGACCAGGCUCGGGCCAUCGAGUUGGCGCCAGAAACAGAAGUCGUGAGCGGGCAGUUGUCGUCGGACCAGGAAAGUACCAUCCAUCGCUCGUCGGCGCUGUCGUCUUGGAAGAUCGCGUACGACAAAGCGCUGAGCACGGCCAGCAACGCUGAAGCGCUGCGAUACCAGCAAAUGUUUGAUACUAUCUACGCCGAGACGGGCAUCCCCGACGCCGACAAACUCGCGCAAGAGAUCCAACGCAAAGACGAAGACAACUUUAAGAAAUUCAAACACGUCGAGGGCCUGCACAAAGAAACCGACGACUUGCGCGUGGAGAUUGAAAAGACGACGGCGGAGCUGGAAGCGUACAAGCUCCAGGAAGGCAUCGGCACGAACGUGCUGGACAAAGCCACGUUCCGCGCGCUCUCGGCCAAGCUCGCGGCGGUGGAAGACGCCAACAAGCGCCUCGAUGCCGAAUUCGACGAGACCGGCGUCCGCCUCGCGCGUGUCAAGGCGACGGUCCACUCGCUCUUCACCAUGCUCAAUCAAAAGUCCUCCGAGAAGGGCCAGGGCGGCGCGGCGGUUCACGGCGUGUCGCUCAACGACAUCACGGACGCCAACAUGCUCGAGUACCUCCAGGUCGUCGAAACGUGCAUCAUCUCGUUGCUGCUCCACAACAACGACGGCAGCGGCGGCGCGACCCACGGCCCCCACGUCCUUGCCGAAACGUCGCCGUACGCCAACGCCAAAAAGUUUAAGCAGGCGCUGGAGCCCCCGUCGUGCCACGACUUGACAGGGUCGUCGAUGGCCCUGGCUACGUCAAGGACAUAUGGCGCGGUAGGUCGGACGUCCGCGCGAGCGGGCACCCCCACAACCCACCGCCCCCACAACGUCGUCGUGCGUGGUGGCGGGGGGAGCGACGAGGACGAGCGCGCACUCACAUACGACGAACUGAAAGAGUCGGCGCAGGCGGCAUUUGCGACGGCGACCGGACACAAGACCAACCACGGAGCGACGGCGCAUGUGGUGAUGAUGUCUACACCCUCCCCGCCAACCUCAUGAUGCUGUAGUUCAUGCUCCAACAAAGUCAAGUGUACACAAAUACGCAACUGGGUUUCAUAUCGUUCAACGGAC